GUGUCCUUUCCCGUCUGGCAACCGUGGGCAGCUACUUCCGGGUGUUGGCCAGCUUGACGAUUGCCUGGCGUCCAUAAACCUCCACGGGACAACUUUGACGUCUUCUGACAAGAUGGCCGACCGCUGUGACGGCGAUGCCAAAGGCGCGUUCGGCGGACACGCCUUUCAUUUCGCCGAAACCAACCGCGACAGAAUAUACAUGGACUACAACGCCACCACGCCGCUGGAACCAGAGGUGAUGCAGGCUAUUUGCGAGGCCCUGCAGGACGCUUGGGGCAACCCCAGCAGCAGCUACGAAGCAGGCGUCAAAGCGAAGGCCAUCAUCAAGCAGGCCAGAGAGAACGUGGCGAGGAUGGUCGGCGGCAAAGCAGAGGACAUCAUCUUCACGUCGGGAGGAACCGAGGCCAACAACAUGGUGCUGCACACCGCCAUGGAACAUUUCACCCGCCACCAGGACGGGAACCUUCCACACGUCAUCACCUCCAACGUGGAGCACGACUCGGUGAAACUGGUGGCUGAGCGCCUGCAGAGGGACGGCAAGGCGGAUGUGACCUUUGUGCCCGUUUCCACGGCGACGGGACGCGUGGAGGUGGACGAUGUCCUGGCGGCUGUGCGCCCCAACACUUGCCUGGUGUCCAUCAUGCUGGCCAACAACGAGACGGGCGUCAUCAUGCCGGUGCGUGAAGUGUGCCAGAGAGUCCAGGUUCUGAACCAGCGAAGGCACGUGAGAAUCCUGCGUCACACUGACGCUGCUCAGGCUGUGGGCAAGAUCCCCGUGGACGUGUCUGAUCUGGGCGUGGACUACCUCACCAUCGUGGGUCACAAGUUUUACGCGCCGAGGAUCGCUGCCUUGUUUGUCAAGGGCCCCGGGGCCACCACGCCGCUCUACCCCAUGCUCUUUGGCGGCGGACAGGAGAGGAACUUUAGACCGGGCACUGAAAACACACCAAUGAUUGCUGGACUGGGGAAGGCUGCAGAGCUGGUGACCAAUCACGGUGCAGCUUAUGAGCGUCACAUGCUGGAUACAAAAGAGCACCUGGAGGAGCGUCUGAAGGCCACUUUUAAAGGCAAGCUGCACUUCAACAGCCAUUUUGCGGGCUCCGAGUGCCUUCCCAACACGUGCAACGUGUCCCUGCUGGGUGCAGGCCUACAGGGCUGGCGGGUGUUGUCGCACUGCCACAAGCUGCUGGCCAGCGUAGGCGCCGCCUGCCACUCGGACCGUGGAGACAGGCCGUCCCACAUCCUGCUGAGCUGCGGCGUGCGCGAGGAAGUGGCGGCCAACGCCUUGAGGCUGAGCGUGGGCAGGAGGACCUCCAGGGAAGACGUGGAGCAGGUGGUGGAGGACCUGGAGAAGGCCGUGAAGCACUUGGAGCAGACGGAGUAAAUGUGGCUGCAACACCCUUUUUGUCAAAGAUGGCAGAAGAACUCUUCUAGUUUGGAUUGUUCCUCCUCCGCCUCCUCCAGAGAGAACUUCAUGUAUCAGGACUCGCUCUCGUACGGUCAAUGGAGAUUUGGAGUCCAGUUGUGGUGGUCGUACAUCUGCAGGAGGUUAGUGAGGUGUGUUCUGGUCGUACAUCUGCAGGAGGUUAGUGAGGUGUGUUCUGGUCGUACAUCUCCAGGAGGUUGGUGAGGUGUGUUCUGGUCGUACAUGUCCAGGAGGUUGGUGAGGUGUGUUCUGGUCGUACAUGUCCAGGAGGUUGGUGAGGUGUGUUCUGGUCGUACAUGUCCAGGAGGUUGGUGAGGUGUGUUGUGCAUCAACAUCCACAAUUAGAAGGCUGGGAUUGACUUUUCUUUCAUUCUAAAUGUGAUUUUUGUCAAUAAAAAUAACAUUUUUAAUAAUGUUCCAGUCUGUGGAACGCUCCCCCUGACCACCUGAGGGCACCACAGACUGUGGAUGCUUUUAAAAAAGGCUUAAAAACCUUUCUUUUUAAAAAAGAACUUUUUUUAGACAUAUGCAUACUAGUUCUAGCUAUUAGGCUGUUCUAGUUUUUAUUUUUAUUUAUUUUUCUUAUCUUUUUAUU